ACAGGAUACGCUUCUCUCUGUGGAUUUUGUUUCUCUAAUCAACAUUAUGGCUUUGAAUCGUCUUACCAACUGGUGGCUGUUGGCCUUUUUUGCUCUUCCAUUUUGUCUUUGUCAAGAAGAAAACAUGGAGGUGAGGAGAAGAUCUAAUAAACCAGUGGCCAGAGUAGUUGAAAGUCGCCAUCAACGGACUGGCAAUAUUGGUCCCAGCAGGGAAGUAGUGGGAGAGCGGAUACAUCUAAUUGAGGGUCUUGAAAAUAAUUCCUCUACAAACAAAAUAUUGAUGAGACAAGAAAUAGAUGAUCUAGAGCAAACCUCACACAGAGUCCAGACACCGCAACAACCUGAUUGCAGUUCAUGCUGCAGAGGUGACUUUGGAUACCGAAUGCAUCAAACAGUCUCUGGGCCACCAGGUUUACCCGGACCCGCUGGCAUACCAGGCAAUCAUGGGAACAAUGGAAACAAUGGUCUUCCUGGUCAAGAAGGAUCAAAGGGUGAAAAAGGAGAUAAAGGAGAUAUGGGCCCAAGAGGGGAGCGAGGUCACAUUGGAGUCAAAGGAGAAAAAGGUUACCCUGGAGUCCCACCAGAACUUCAGGUUGCUUUUAUGGCUUCUAUGGCAACACACUUUAGCAACAUCAACAGUGGAAUUAUAUUCAGCAGUGUGGAAACUAAUGUUGGAAAUUUUUUUGAUGUUAUGACAGGAAGAUUUUCAGCCCCGGUCACAGGUGUGUAUUAUUUCACAUUCUACAUGCUGAAGCAUGAAGAAGUGGAAGAUGUGUACGUGUAUCUCAUGCACAAUGGCAAUACCAUAGUAAGCAUGUACAGCUAUGAAUCCAAAGGAAAACAAGAUACGUCAGGAAACAAUGCAGUGCUUAAACUAUCUAAAGGUGAUGAAGUGUGGCUUCGAAUGGGAACUGGAGCUUUACACGGUGACCAUCAACGCUACUGCACCUUUUGUGGAUUCCUUCUCUUUGAAACCAAAUAGAAACUUAGGCGAUAAUAGUUUGUUCUUUCAUGAACAUUUACAGUUUGUGGACUUUUUUAUGGAACAGAUACUUUCAUAUAUAGAAAACAACUUUGUAUGUAUUUGGAUGAAGUUCUAAACAUAAAAAAAAAUGUUCAACCAAUGAAGUAAAUUAUAAUAAUAAUCAUUAUAAUGUAAUGUUUAUUUUAUAGUUUUAUAUCCCUGCACAGUUUGAUGACCCUGAAGUAUUAUGAGGAUUAAUGUUUGGAAAAGUACGUAAUGGUAAAUGAAAGGGAUAUUGUUGCCAACUUUAUUCAAAAUGAUUUUCUGUGUUUUUGUUUUUGAAAAAAAAACUCAUGCUCUUGUCUUAAAUAAAUCAGUUUUCUUUCGUA